AUGAAUAACGCAUCCGUUAUGCUUGUAUUUUCACUGUCAGGCUUCAGUGCAACAUUUAACUACAGAACAACUCUUUUCUCUCUCUCUUUACUAUGUUAUGGUCUAAUUUUAGUGGUAAACGCAUCUCUCAUUUUAACCAUAAUUUUGGAUCGAAACCUGCAUGAGCCCAUGUACAUUUUUUUGUGUUUUUUGUGCAUCAAUGGACUUUAUGGGACCGCAGGUUUUCAUCCUAAAUUUAUUGCAGAUCUUCUAUCAGAUAUUUAUGUAAUAUCAUACGCAGCAUGCCUUUUACAAAUCUAUGUUAUAUACUCCUAUGCAAUGAUUGACUACUCUAUUUUAGCUCUUAUGGCCUAUGACAGAUAUGUGGCAAUAUGUCGACCUCUAGAGUAUCACUCUGUAAUGUCUGUACAAAGAAUGGCUGUGUUGGUCACUUUGUCCUGGCUUGUUCCUCUCUGUGCAGAAGCCUUGAUGAUAUCUUUGACUUCCAGAUUAAAAUUAUGUGGUUCCCACAUACAGAAACUCUAUUGUGAGAACUGGUCAGUCAUCAAACUUGCUUGUAGUUCAACAGCAGCAAAUGACAUAGUUGGAUUGAUUUUUAUUUGUUUCUACUGUGGCCAUGUUCUCUUCAUCGUGUCUUCGUACGUGAAGCUGGUAAGAUCAGCCUUUAAGUCUACAGAGGUCAGGAAAAAAUUCACACAAACAUGUGUGCCACAUUUGUUAUGUCUGUUUAAUGUCACAGCUGCUUUGCUGUUUGACAUUAUGUACGCUAGAUAUGGAUCGGCAUCUGUGCCACAGAGUGUAAAGAACUUCAUGGCCAUACAGUUCCUUAUUAUUCCACCUCUUCUCAAUCCUGUUAUUUAUGGACUGAUUCUGACAAAAAUUAGAAAAAGAAUGGUAUUUCGGUGUAUGAUCCCACGUCAAAGAUUUUAA